AUGACCACUAAAGCGAGAGCCCAGAGAAAGAAACAAAAAACUACCCCAAUUUCCCCUGCCCCACGAUCAGCCUCACCAAAGUCCACCAACCCUGAGGCCUCCACUAUCACACCUAACCCCACACCACCUGCUCCUCAGCCAUCACCAGAUACAGCAGAACAAACCAAUCCAACACAUCCCAAGAAACAACAGCCCAAACCAACCCACAAAUCCAAGCAAAAAGUGACCACCAGUCCUAUACCAUCCCCUCCCGAAACAAUACCACUGAAAUGCAAGACACAAUCCAGGUCCAACGAGCACACCACGGCGGGUCCAUCUACAAAACCCCGCAAUGCGGAGACAUUUCAUUGCGCCGAGGCUGCAAAGCGAUUUGAGAAGCUUAAAAAUAAAAAGUUAUGGCCUGAACGGGGGUUUUUGCUUGCUGCUUUUGAGUUGCCAGCCUAUAUCACAGCAGUUAUCGAGAAGCACUAG